AUGCCAGAAAAAAAGAAGAAAAAACCAACGAAAAAAAGUACUGAAGUUAUUGAACAAAAUGAUAAAUCAUUACGACGUUUUUUAAAACUAUAUAAUCAGUAUAGCGCUGAUCAUAAUAGUGUUCCUUGUACGGAAGUUGUCAGAUCAGUUCGAUCAUUACUUGAAGAUGCAGAGGGUGAAGUUUUGAAAAGUUUAUUUCUACGACCAAUACCUCCUAAAAAACCGAUUGAUGGUGAACAGACAUCGAUUUCGGAACCUAUUGCAAUUCCUGAAACUCAUGUUCGACCAAUAAUUCGUACAUUGCUGGCGUGUGCAAAUAACAGUGUAAAAGAUCUUUGUGUAUGGAAUAUUUGUAUGGAUUUACUUGAUUGUAUUGAACUUAAUAAUUUUUUAAAUCAACCUACAACUGGUAUUCAAAUUCUUACACUUAAUGACUGUCUUAUUCAACCACAUCCAUUAUCGAGACUCACAAUGGGAAUUCAUAUUUAUGGCACACUUCGAGUAUUGAAUCUUGAUUAUAAUGAAUUUGGUGAUGAAGGAUGUUUAUUCUUAUGUUCGAAUUUACUUGAAAAUCGAGGUAUUACACGACUUUCAUUAACGUAUUGUGAUAUCGGUCCUGUAUGUGGAACUCCAUUAGGUCAACUUUUAGUACAAACUGCAAUAACUGAAAUUUAUCUUGAUGGAAAUCAACUUGGGUGUCAAGGUGCUCAUAAUUUAAUAAAACCAUUGUUAGUUGAGUGUGAAAAAGCACUUAGUGAUAAACGAGAUAAAAUACGAAUGGAAGAAGAUUUUAAAGCACAACAAGCUGCACUUCGAGCACAAGGUUUAUUACCUGAACCAACUGAAGCUGAGUUAGCUGCAGAAAAAAAGAAAAAAAAAAAAAAGAAAAAGAAGAAGAAGGUGACACUUGAAGAUAUACCUCCAUUUGGACCUACUGUUCAUAAAAUUCAUUUAUUUGAUAAUGAAAUUGAUUGUUUACAAUCAAAUACUUUUCCUGUUGUUCUAGAAACAAUAAAUGCUUAUGCUCGAUUAAUUGAAAUCUCAGAAGAUAUAGAAGAACUUGAUCUAGACGAAAAUGUUAUUGGACAUGUAUGUGGAGGAAUUAUUUUAGAAGCAUUAAAAAAUCGAAAAGAAAGUAAACUGAAAAAAAUUAUGAUUAAUGUUAGUGAGAAAAUCGAUCAAUUUGUAUUCGCUGAUAUAUUGAAACUUAGUGCUAAAAUGAAGAAGAAAAAAAAACGUGGCAAAAAAAAGAAGGUAAAACAUUAUUACUAA